UAGGAAAUGACGUUACUUCUAGGUCCCCCUGAAAUCGGCAACCUCCCGCCGCCGCCGUCACCGCCGUCAAUCAUCCAAAUCAGCGUCGAUAAACUCCAGCUUGAUGACGAGAUCUCUACUGGAUUUGACGGUGAUCAUCAUCAAGACGUUGAUCCUGAAUCAAUUGAUCUAACCCAGAUGGGUCUGACUGAAAACCUAGCUCCGACGUUCCUGUCGACUGGAAACCCAUGUCUGGACUUCUUCUUCCAUGUUGUUCCGGACACACCAUCCGAUGAUCUGAUCAAACGGCUGGAAGAGGCUUGGUCUUACAAUCAACUGACUACUCUCAAGCUUAUCUUUAAUCUAAGAGGCGUUCGCGGCACUGGAAAGUCUGAUAAGAAAGGAUUCUAUACGGCGGCGAUUUGGUUACAUCAGAAACAUCCAAAGACCCUUGCAUGUAAUGUUAAAGCUAUAGCUGAUUUUGGUUAUUUUAAGGAUCUUCUUGAGAUUCUGUAUCGGAUAUUGAAUGGAUCUGAUGUAAGGGAAAUCGAGAAGGGAAAGAGAUCGAAACAGAUGAUAGAUUCUGAGUUGAACUGGAAUUCGGAGGAGUCGGAUGAUGAGGAUGUAAAGAAGAAGAGGAAGAAGAAGACGAAGAUUCUGAAAACCCAAGAACAGAUUAGGGAAGAGAAAGAAAAAGCCAGAGUUUUGAGAAAGGAAAGAAAGAUCAACAAAGCGAGAAAAGCCCUUGAAAUGUACAAUCAGAAUGGAGAUUAUCGAUUCCUUCACAACCAAAUCUCAGAUCUAUUUGCAGAGCUUUUGAAGAACGAUAUGAAGAAUCUGGAAUCAGGAAACCUUGACAAGAUUAGCCUUGCUCCAAAAUGGUGCCCAACGAUUGAUUCAUCGUAUGAUAACUCAACCCUGAUCUGCGAAAGCAUUGCACGUAAACUGUUUCCUCGAAAUUCAGACCCAUCUUACGAAAAACUGGAAGAAGCUCACUAUGCUUACAGAAUCAGAGAGAGAUUAAGGAAGGAAGUUCUUUCUCCUCUUCACAAAGCAGCCGAAUUACCAGAAGUAUUCAUGAGUGCUAAUCAAUGGAACUCUUUACCGUAUAACAGAGUCCCCUCUGUUGCAAUGAAGAAUUACAAGCGCCAUUUCAUUAGGCACGAUAAAGAGAGAUUCGAUGAUUAUCUGGAGAAAGUGAAGAGUGGAAAAGCAAAGAUUGCAGCAGGUGCAUUGCUCCCACAUGAGAUAAUGAAAGAAGUGGAGAAUGGAGAUGGGGAUGAAGUUGCAGAGCUUCAAUGGAAGAGAAUGGUGGAUGACAUGGCGAAGAAAGGUAAACUAAGCAAUUGCAUCGCAAUCUGUGAUGUAUCUGGAAGCAUGAGUGGAAUCCCAAUGGAAGUCUGCGUGGCUCUUGGCGUUCUUGUAUCGGAACUGAGCGUAGAGCCAUGGAAAGGUAAAGUGAUAACCUUUAGCGAAAAUCCUCAAAUCCAUACAAUUGAGGGAGAUUCACUGGCGGAGAAGAUUCAGUUUGUAAGAACAAUGGACUGGGGAAUGAACACAAACUUUCAGGCUGUGUUCGAUAGGCUGCUGGAGGUAGCCGUGGCUGGGAAAGUAUCGGAGGAAGAGAUGGUGAAGAGGGUGUUUGUUUUUAGCGACAUGGAAUUCGAUAGUGCUGAGGAGAGUUCUUCAGAGAUUCUGGAUGACCAGAUGAUAUCUGCUGGAAAGAAGUGGGAGACUAGUUAUGAAGCUAUAGAGAGGAAGUUUAAGGAGAAAGGGUAUGUGAAGGUGCCGGAGAUGGUGUUUUGGAAUCUGAGAAGUUCGAGGUCUACUCCGGUGAUUGGGAAGCAGAUUGGGGUGGCGUUGGUGAGUGGAUUUUCGAAGAAUUUGGUUAGUUUGUUUCUUGAAGGAGAUGGGGAUUUGAAUCCGGAGGAUGUUAUGGGUUUGGCUAUUGCUGGUAAGGAUUAUCAAGAACUUGCUGUUUUUGAUUAGCUGCUGCUUCUUCUUUUUAUAAACUUUGUAUCAGAUUUUGUGAUCAAUGUUUAUUUGAAAACAAUAGGAAAUCAUUUAUGUUUGUC